GUCAUUUAUUACAUCUCUGUUUAGAGCCUGGCACAACAGGCCUACACCCUGCUUGAAGUUUUGGGGCACAAGCAUUUAAUGAAAAUCACAUGAAGAGUUCACUGACUCUGGAAAUAUUUGUCACUGGUCCUGCUGGGCAUUUCUAGCCCAUCGAAGGCAGAGAUGGAUUGAAUUGCAGAUUGGCCAAGGGAGAUUUCCUGUAAAAAACAGAAAAAGCUUCGGUUUCCGGGGAGCCCAAGGACAUAAACAGUGAGUCAUGAGUCUCCCCGUAGUGGAGCGAGAUAUAAAAGGGCUUCCCUCAGGAGGCAGGAUGGCACUCCACUGGCACUGCCUCCAGUGGGCCCAAGGAUGGAGACCUGCUGCCGGUGCCUCCUGCUGCUAGGCAUUGUGGCUGCAGCAGCCACCGCGGUGCCUUCUCAACACAAGACGCUGAGCUAUGAAGAGGCCGUUGCCCUGGCUGUCGAUUUCUACAACCAAGAGUCAGGCAUAGAUCAUGCCUUCCGGCUCCUUAAAGCGGACCCACAGCCUGAGUGGGACAUGUCUUCAAAAACUAUCCAGCCGCUGACAUUCACUGUUCAAGAGACAGCGUGCCUGGUAUCAGAGAAACAUGACGUCAACCAGUGUGAAUUCAAAGAAGAUGGGGUUGUCAUAAACAGAUAUGGGCUGCCCACCCAGCUCUCACUGAAUGCCACAGGGCACAGGAUGGAGACCUGCCUGAAAGUCCUGCUGCUCGUCGGAGUGGUCACAGCAGCCCCCACACCACCAUCAUCCCCUCAGCUAACCCACGAGGAUGCGGUUUUAGCUGCAGUUCAGAUCUACAACCAAGAGCCAGGCAUAACACUGGCCUAUCGGCUCCUGGAAGCUGAGCCACAGCCAGACUGGGACGUGUCUUCUAAAACUAUCCAAUCGCUGAAAUUCACUGUGAAAGAGACAGUGUGCCCGGUAUCAGGGAACCGCAACCCCAACCAGUGUGAAUUCAAAGAAGACGGGCUGGUCAAAGACUGCUCUGGAUUCUUCUCCACUGAACAGGACCCCCCUUCCAUCAUUAUCAAAUGUGAGGAGGCGUCUGAGGAGCCUAAUGUCGUCACACGGGGCCGCUGGAAAAGAUUCUGGAAAGGACGUGGUGGGGGCAUUGUUGCUGCUGCUCUCAAAAUCAUUGGCUAAGAAGAUCCAGAAAUAGAGAAGAUGAAAGUGAGCCGAUGCUGCCAGAUCCAUCUGUGCCGCCAUUUCUCCUCCACCGGAAGCACCAUUUGAAGCAAGGCUUAAAACAAUCUGAACAGCU